CACGUCCGCCCAAUCAAAGCGAGGCUUCAGGACGACCCGCAAAAGGAGGACCCGGGCGAGGGGCAGAAUGGGAAUGGAAGUGUGCUGGUCAAGGACACAAGUGAGAACAGCGAAGAAAGAAUCGUUCGUGUUGAGCUCCACAAGGAGGCCACUGAAGCGUACAUGGCCUACACUACGUCUGUCCAGCUCGGCCGCGCCCUGCCGGAUGUUCGCUACGGUUUGAAGCCUGUGCACCGUCGUAUUUUGUAUGCAAUGCAUGAAUUGCAUCUUGAAAACCGUUCAAGGAAUGUGCUAGAGUUGUUGGAGAGGUUCUAGGAAAAUUUCAUCCCCAUGGUGACACUGCUGUCUAUGAUUCCUUGGUGCGAAUGGCUCAGGAUUUCUCCCUACGAUUCCCACUAAUUCAGGGGCUUGGGAAUUUCGGGUCGAUUGAUGCUGAUCCUGCAGCUGCCAUGAGUUACUCAGAGUGCAGAUUGGAGGUUAAUUUUACUCCGAAUUUUGAUAAUUCACAAAAAGAGCCAUCAGUUUUACCUGCUCGACUUCCAACUUUAUUACUGAAUGGUGCUUCUGGGAUUGCGGUUAGCAUGGCAACCAACAUUCCUCCGCAUAAUCUUUGGAGAGUUGGUACAUGUUCUUAGUGUGUUAAUUCACAAUCCAGAAGCUACGUUGCAAGAAUUACUGGAAUACGUGCCAGGGCCUGAUUUUCCAACUGGAGAACUGAUUAUGGGAAACCUUGGCAUCUUGGAGGCAUAUCGAACUGGGAAAGGACGCAUUGUGGUCAGAGGGAAAACUGAUGUUGAAUUGCUUGAUUCUAGAACAAAGAGAAGUGCAAGUAUCAUAAAGGAGAUCCCUUACCAAACCAACAAAUCAGCCCUCGUGGAGAAGAUAGCCGAACUUGUGGAAAAUAAGGUGACAUUCUUGCAAGUAGCAAAUGAUCCUUUAAAAGUGCUGGAUUGUAAUUUUUCUUUAAAAAGUAGUUUUGUGAUUGGUUUUUAUAUAUGUUAUUUGAUUGUAAUCUGAAAGGUUCCAGUGUUUAGGGUCCAAAUUCAUUUGUUAGUAUUAUAAUUCUUAUUUAAUAUGUGACUAUAUUAAAUCCAAUAAGUACCGUUAUAUUCAUCUAAGUUAUUUUGUUGAUAUCAUGUUGACCUCAUAUAAUAAUACUGAUUGUCUCUGUUUAUCAUCUUCCCAAGAAUUCUCUAGUUACACGUAUUAUCUCUUUGUUCCAAAUUUGUCACCAUUUUUGUGUUGAUGCAUUGCACUUCUAACUGCUGUAUCACUCACA